AUGAACCCAAAAUCUUUGGAGAAUGUGACAUUAUGCAUUCCCAAAAGUUAUGUAGGUCAAUCAAACGUAUCCACCACAUAUAAAGAUAUUCUCACACAAGAUGCUUUGAGGUUUAUAGUAUUACUCCAUCGAAAAUUUAAUGAUCAACGAUCAAAACUAUUGGAAAACCGUUCUUUUUUACAAAAUAAAAUAAAUGACAAGAGUUAUCAAUUUGGGUUUUUACCAGAGACUGCUAUAAUUAGAAAUAACCCUACUUGGUCAGGUCCUCAAGUUUUGGCUCCUGGACUGAUUCAAAGACAUACAGAGAUCACAGGUCCACCGGUUAGAAAUAUGGUCAUAAAUGCCUUAAAUAGUGAAGUCGAUACAUAUAUGACUGAUUUUGAGGAUUCAUUAUCACCAACAUGGUCUAAUAUAAUUGAUGGCCAGAUUAAUCUAUAUGAUACAAUUAGAGAACAAGUCGAUUUUACUAAUGAUGACACUGGGAAAAUUUAUUCAAUGAAGAAAACUUUUGUUGAAUCACCAACCAUUAUUAUGAGACCUCGUGGAUGGCAUAUGGAAGAAAAACAUUUGUAUAUCGAUGAUGAACCAAUCAGUGCCUCCAUUUUUGAUUUCGGUCUUUAUUUCUUUCACAAUUGUGAUGAAUUGAUUAGAAGAGGAAAAGGUCCAUAUUUUUAUUUACCUAAAAUGGAACAUCAUCAUGAAGCCAAAUUAUGGAAUGAUAUAUUUAAUGUCUCUCAAGAUUGUUUAAAUAUUCCUAGAGGUACCAUCCGUGCCACUGUACUAAUUGAAACGUUACCAGCAGCAUUUCAAAUGGAGGAAAUAAUUUUUCAAUUAAGACAACAUUCUAGUGGAUUAAAUUGUGGUAGAUGGGAUUAUCUUUUCUCUACCAUUAAAAGAUUAAUGUCACAUAAAGAAUAUGUCUUACCCAGUCGUGAACAACUCACUAUGGAGACACCAUUCAUGGAUGCUUAUGUUUCUUUAUUGAUUAAUACAUGUCAUAGACGUGGAGUACAUGCUAUGGGAGGAAUGGCUGCACAAAUUCCAAUUAAAGACAAUCAAGUUAAAAAUAAUAUAGUUAUGACUAAAGUGAUAAAGGAUAAACAACGUGAAUUGAAUAAGGGGCAUGAUGGUUCAUGGAUUGCACAUCCUUCGCUUGCUACAAUAUGUAAUAAGGUGUUCCAUUCUAUGGGUACUAAGAAUCAAUUAUACAAAGUUCCAUCUAUUGACUAUACUAAUUAUCAAACGUUACUAUUACCAACGGUAUCACAAAUUGACAUCACUCAAGAAAACAUUGAAUAUUCUGUUAAAGUAGCAUUAUUAUACAUGGGAUCCUGGUUACAAGGCAAUGGUUGCGUUCCUAUAGAUAAUUUAAUGGAAGAUGCAGCCACGGCAGAAGUAUCUAGAUGUCAACUAUAUCAAUGGAUUAAGCAUGGAAUGCGACUAGUUCACAAUGGUAAUAGUUCUAAAAUUAUUACAAAAUCAAUGGUUUUAACAUUAAUUAAAAAUGAAGCCGAUCGGUUAUAUAAACAAUAUGAUAAUAAUUCGGUGUUUUAUACAGUUGCAAAAAUAUUGAUUAAAGAUAUUACAUCUUCACAAACCAAUGAAUUUUUAACUGUACUAUUAUACGAUGAGUUAUUGGCUACGGAAUCUCCCACAAUAGAUUUUCACGAACAAGAAUUCUUAAGUAAACUCUAA